AUGACAACCAUUACGCCGCAGGUCGCCGUCGUUGACUUCCACCACGCUCGUGGUCCAGAGAUUGAGUUCUGGGUUCACAGCGAUGGCGAAAACCUGUAUAAAUUCAACGAUUGGUCGUUGCUGCCGUUCAUGGCGCUGUCUGACGGCGCGCACGCCAUGGCGGAGGAGUUUAGCUAUUUUACGCUGCUCGACAACCGGAGCCCCGACGCUGACCCUGUCACAGGAGCGGUGACGAGCGCGGCCACGAGUCUGUUUGGUAUCUCCUGCACGCGACAGAUCCGGUCGGAGAAACUCAAGCGCCGCUCCGUGGACGUCACGCGGUCGACUGUCCAGAAGGCCGUGGUCGUGAUCUCGCCCACGGCGAGAGGUAUGGGGGAGUUGAGGGAAAGGCUGGGCAUUGUCACGGCGGCUUGGUUUGCGCAAGAAGAUUUUUCAGACAUCUCGAUUUUGAAGGAAUUUCAAGAUAGUCUGGUCAGAGCGCCGCCAACGCAUGAGGACGGGAAGGAUCACAAUUUCGGUCUCUCUCUGAGAGAAAUGAUAUAUGAAUUUCGACAUCAGACCUUGGCUCUGGUCAAAUGCCUCCUGCUGCAGCGAAAGAUGCUCUUCUUUGGCUCCAAGUGUGAAAGGCUGUGCAUGAUGCAGUUUGCCCUGAUAUCGCUCAUUCCUGGACUUAUUGCAAACUUGCAAGACGCGGCAGAUCCGAGCCUGGACAAUUACGCACAGAAGGCGCAGAAGGCGACGAGCCUGAGGACGGGCGAUAGAUCCUCGCUAUUGGCAUUUAUGGGCUUGCCAUUACAGCUGUUUGGAAAGGGUUCAAUCUUUGGUCCAUACACGCCCCUCCAGCAACUUGACAUUCUUGCCGACUAUGACACCAAAUCCUACGUCGUCGGUUCCACCAACAGCCUCCUCCUCCAGCAAAAGGAAAAGUACAGCGACAUUCUCAUCAACCUCGACGAAUCCAACUCGAUGACCGUCACGUCUCCGUCUUUGCGCGCCGCUCUCGCCCUGAGCGCCGCGGAUCGACGGUGGAUCGACUACCUCACACAGACCGUUCUGGACACGUGGGAUCCAGAAAACCCGAGCCGGCCGAAGAACAUGGGCUAUGCCGGUUCGGAGGAUGCCAUCCGCAUGCAGUUCGAGGAGUACAUACUCUCGUUACUCAGCAGCAUGGCCUAUCAAAUCUACCACGAAACCGUCUCGGAAAGCGGCAUCCCGGCUUCGGUGGCCAACAUCGAGAACUUCCCCGAACCGGGAGACACGGCGACGGAUUUCAACCCGGAAUUCCUGGCCAUGUGGCGCACGACGAAUAAUUUCGCCCUGUUUGACCGCCUCACGCGGGGGAACCGCAUCUUCGACAUCAUCGAACCACGGCACCCGACCGGUGGAGGUUUGACGGUGGAGGACCUGCAAAGGCGGGUUGCGAGGGGAAUGGCGGAGCUUCACCUCGACGAGAAGGUCAGGGAGGGACGCGAACAGUUGGGCCGCACGCUGCAGAGCGGGCGGGAGAGGGUCGAGGCCGGGAUGGCUAGGUUUUGGGCCGAGCUGGAAAAGGCGCGGGAACAGCGGGCGCAACAGCGGGCGAACAAGACGACAAGCGGGAGUCACGGCACGGCGAGGACCAGCGGGGAAGGCGAACAACAUCAAGACCUCGCGACGAAGCCGUCCGCCGCGGCUCUGUCGAGCGCGAGCUCCAACUCAAGUUGGAUGGUGGUCGAAACCGAGGGAGAGCUAGGCAAUGGAUCCGCACCAUCAAAGACGACGCCGCGGCCUGUCUCGCCUCCCUCUUCCUCCUCGACCACAGGACCUUCCUCUUCGACAGGGGCAGCGGGUGGUUCGAAUUGGACGGCAUCACUCCGCGACCGGGCCCCGCGCGUCGACACGUCCCAGAUCCAAGCUUCGGCACGCGAGGGCGCGGCUCGUGCAGGCGCGUAUCUCAGCGGCUGGGGCACGUGGGCCAGGGAACGGAUUCAACAGCAGAAUCAGCAGACGCAGCAGACCCAACAGACUCAGCAGCAACAAGUGAAGGGGACCCCGUCGUCUCAGACCCCGUCUCAGAUCCAGAGCACACCUGGACCAAACGAGGCGGGGGAUGCAGGGGGCGGUGGUGGAGGGGGAUGA